AUGGCUCGCACACUCGUCAUACUCAUCGUCGCGCUGCCGUCGCUCGCCGUCGCGCUGCGGCCGCUGCUGCGGCGGCUCCGGACGCCGCCGCCGCGCGACGUGACCGUCGUGAAGCUCGGCGGCAGCGCCAUCACGGACAAGGCCCGCUUCGAGACGCUGGACGAGGCCGGCCUGCGCGCGGCGGCGGAGGCCGUCCGGCGCUGCGUCGCCGACGGGCGGCGCGUCGUCGUCGUCCACGGCGCGGGCUCCUUCGGCCACUUCCAGGCGCGCGAGCACGGCGUGUCCCGCGGCGGCGACGGCGACUCGUGGCGCCUCGGGCUGGCGGUGACGCGGCGGUCCGUGACGAAGCUCAACGGCCUCGUCGUCGACGCGCUCGCGCGCGCGGGCGUGCCCGCCGUCGCCGUCGCCGCGUUCCCGCGCGUCGCGACGCGGCGCCGCGAGCUCCGCGCGACGCGGGCGACGGCGGCCUUCGUCGCCGACGCGCUGCGCCUGGCGGACGCCGGCUUCACGCCCGUGCUCCACGGCGACGCGGUCCUCGACGACGCGCAGCGCUGCGCCAUCGUCUCCGGCGACGCGCUGCUGCGGCGCUGCGCCGCGGACCUCGCGGCGCGCGGCCGCCUCGCGGCGGUCUGCUUCCUCACGGACGUCGACGGCGUCUUCACGCGGCCGCCGGCGGAGCCCGGCGCGGCGCUCGUCGCCGACGUCGUCGUCGACGGCGCCGGCGCCGCGCGCCUCGACCUCGAGACGUCCGCCGCGGCCCACGACGUCACGGGCGGCAUCCGCGCGAAGAUCGACGCCGCGGCGGCCGUCGCCGCGGCGACGCGCGCGCCCGUGGACAUCAUUGAAUGGGCAACGUGCAUCGUCGGGAUGCUGCCCGCCAUCUCGACUGGUGUUCGCGCGUCGAACGCGUCAGCGAUGGCGUGCGACCUCGCGUACGACGCCUUCAUGGCGCUGCCCGACGACGCGCGCCGCGCGAACUACGAGGCGCUCGUGCGCGACGCGCGCUCGACGCAGCACAAGCCCAUGCGGCGGGUGAACGCGCAGAAGCGCGAGCGGCUGCGGACGAUGAAGGUGCUGAUUCUCGACAACAGCCAGCGCGAGCCGUCGGUGGCUUCCGUCUGGGGCCACACGCUGGAGGACAAGCGGGCCAUCGACGGCGUCGUGCGGGGCCUCGGCUUCCGGCACGUCGUCGCCGGCGCGCUGAACGACGCGGCCCAGGGCAUGGUGCGGUGCCCGGACCGGUGCGUCGCGAUGGUCGCGGCGCUCGCGGACCUCCCGCGUCACGUACGGCCCGCGUCGCUGCUCUUCGAGGAGCCCUUCGGCGAGUACCUGCCCUGCGAGGUCGGCGGCUGGACCGCGCUGCUCCGGGCGACGAUGGACGCGCACGGCUGGCCGUCGGCCUUCCAGGAGGACGGCGCGUCCAUCGACGGCGCGCUCCUCAUCCACGUGCACCGCCAGUGGGGCCUCGCGGACGCGGUGACGCUCGACGCGCUCGCCGCGGGCUGCGACGGGCUCAUGGCCGCGGUCUGCGAGGAGGGCGCGGCGCUCGGCCACGCGUGCAGCGCCGUCGCGCUCGCGAACCUCGCGCGCCUCGGCAACCGCGACGUCGUCGCGCGCUACGACCUCCGCGGCGUCGUCGACGCCGCGCGCGCCGUGACGCGGCUGACGACGGGCGCGCCCGUCGCCGUGCGCCAGGUCGUCUACGGGCCCCGCGCCAUCGAGGCCGUCUUCGGCUUCACGGCCGUCGGCGGCGGCGUCGUCGACCGCACCUUCGACCGCGACGCGAGCGGCACCGCGGCGGACGCGGUCUUCCUCGCGGACAUUUUGGGCGUCGCGGAGAAGCCCGUGCGGCUCCACACGCUCGCGACGCCCGCGCAGUUCGCCGCGCGGCUCGCGCAGUGCUUCGGCGCGCACGCGAGCUUCGACGACGCGCUCGGCGCGCGGCUCAAGCGCGGCCUCCUGGCCCUGCUCGCGGCCGGCGACAAGGCCGAGUGCACGUCGCCGCUGGGCCUCGCGCUCCUGCACCAGCGCGUCGAGGGCGGGCUCACGCCGGCGAUGAUCGACUGCGUCAAGGACGCCGACGCGGUCGAGCGGGGCAGCGCGGUGCUGCUGGCGCGGGCCGAGGCCUGCUUCGACGAGGCCGCGGCCGACGCCGGCGGCGCCGGGGGGCUGCCCUACGGCGCCUUCGCCGAGCGCUUCGUCGACGCGUACCUCGGCGCGCGCCACAACACCUUCGGGGCCGACGUCGGCGACAAGGUGCGCGACGCGGUGCGCCGGAGCUUCGACCUCGACGGCGACCGGCGCAUCACCUUCGACGAGUACAGCGUCUGGCUGCUCUGGGCGCUCCGGAGCACGCAGGACGACAUCCACAGCGUCGACGACCUCUUCGCGGCCGUCGUGCGGCGCGGCAUCAUGCCCGGGCUCAUGGGGGGGGACUAA